AUGAGCAUGAAGGAGAUUUUAAGAUCCCAACACGAGAGCAAGGAGAUGGGAUAUGUCUUGCAACAAGUAGAGGAGGAAGAGAUCAUUGAGAAGGACGAAAUGGUUGAAGGAUUAAAAGAAGUUAAACAAGAAGUGGAUUUCAAGCUUGAGAACACUUUCACACCAAGUGAUAGUGUUAAUGAUCUUGUGGAAGUCGUUGAAGUCUCUUCUAUUGAACUUGAAAAUGAUGUUGAGGAGGAUAACACACAACCUGCAACACAUGACUUGAUCAAUGAUAAAGGUUUGGAGGAAUCGCGCAAAACCCCCCUUCUAACCCCAUUUCCAUCUUCUUCUUCUGACCCCCUCCGCCACUGUUGCUCCGCCGGCAGCCACCACCGGACGGGCAACCUCUUUCUUUAUCUCAUCACCACCCACUACCCUACCUUCCCUCUCCUCCCUCUUCUUCUCCCGGUCACUACCUUCCCAUCUCCGAUUCCCCUCUCACUCCACCUCUCCGCGGCAGCAGCACCGGCGACCACCACUAACGGCCGCCGGCCACCACCGUUCACCAUCAACCCUCUCUCUCUCAUCCAUUCACUUCCUUCUCCCUCUCUGCUAGCCACUCACCCUCUCUCCUCCUCGGUUGAACUUCCACCACCGCGGCCACCAUCCUCUCCGCCACCACCUACGGCGGUGCAAGCUUCUGCCUCUGCUGCCCUUACCCCUAUCCCAACUCUACUUUCCAUUCUCGGUUCUUCUCCGCCCCCAGGUUCCUGCUCCAAAUUCUGUCCUCUUUAA